ACUUUUUGCUUACAGUUGGAUCUCCAUCAUCUACUGCUCUCACUCACUAUCCACACAAUACACUCAUCUUCAACAAAUGUGAUAAUAAUGCUCUCAAAGUUUUUCACAGAAUAACAGCAAACUCUUCAUCCUCAGUAUCCCUAGCUCUCUCUCUCUCUCUCUCUCUCUCUCUCUCUCUCAUCUGAUCCAUUAUUGUUGCCAUGAAUCCACUAUUUCUCUUGGUUAUUUCAUCUUUGUUUUUCCAGUCAGUAUAUUUGGGAGUUGAAGCAGCAAAAGCUAAACCAGUAAAAGGUACCACCCGGUCCCAGAUUAUUGUAAUGGGUCUUGUUUAUUGUGACAUCUGCUCCAACAACACCUUCUCCAGACACAGCUACUUCAUACCAGGUGCUGAAGUUAAAAUAGAUUGCAUAUUCCAAGCAGUCUCACCAAGAACCUCAGAACAUAUAUCAUUCUCAGUGAACAGAACUACGAACAAAUAUGGGGUCUACAAGUUGGAAAUCCCAGCUGUUGAGGGGAUCAAGUGUGCACAAGAUUCAGCAAUAGUGUCUUCCUGCCAGGCAACCUUAAUGUGGAGUUCAUCUUCAGUAUGCAAUGUUCCUGGUUACAAAUCCACAUCAGAUGAAAUAACAGUCAAGUCAAAACAAGCCAAUCUCUGCAUCUACAGCCUAAACGCAUUGAAUUUCAGACCAUCAAAGAGAGAGAUCACCUUAUGUGGGAAGAAAAAUUAGGACUUCCCUUCCCUGUGCUUCAUUUUCACCCAAUUAUUACCCCUCCCUUUUCUAAAAAUCCCUUCUCUCUCCUUUAGUCCAGGACCAUUUUGGCCUUCCAUCCCCCCUCAUGGUUCUUUCAGUUCCACAUUGGAAACAGUACCUUGGAUUCCGUUUCUCCUUUUGGUCAAUCACCAAGAUCAUCUUUAAUAAUUUUUGGUUUCUGCAAUAUUACUUGUAUGGUUGUUUUUGCUGUACUAGCUAGACAGUCAUAAAAACUUCAUGCACGUAUAGUUCUGGAUGCAAGGAGCCCGAUUGAUUACUUUUUA